CUGAUCACUAAUCUCUAUGUGCCAAUGGACGUUGUAUCCGGCUAAUAAAUAAGUUAAAAAAAAUGUAUCUCUAUAUAGUUGACCAACUUCCAAAAAAAAAUUUCUAGUUGAUUUGUAUUUUGUGAAUUGACAACAAAUAAUCAAUAAUUAUUGCUUUCAAUCGAUUAUCGAAUACAUUACAUGUAUUUUCCGAUAGGCCACGUUAUUUUGCGUUACUUUUGCAGUUGCAAAUAUGGAAGGCAUAAUAUAAUGCAUUAUGAAUUUAUAUUCAAUAAGAAGCAUGGGAUAAUAAUGAAGUCUGCACGGGCUUAUGAGGUAGCUGAAAUGCAGGUGUCAGGACAGGACACCUUUGUCCUCUACAUAUCUCCAUGUUGAACAUGUGGAAUGACAUAAUUGGAUUCUGCAUACCAGUCAAGGCAUUACCAUGUUUUAAAAUAUCUUUCCAGACAUGAGGACAAUAAAAUUAUAUUGGACGAUAGGAAUUAAUCUGUUCAGGUGAUUUAUCUGGGUUGAGUCUUUCUCUCAAAGACUUAAAGACUCAAUUAGGACCACCUCUGCGACAGAUCGCGAGUUAGCGACGGUAUCUGGAGUACUCGACGAAAAGCAAAUGUGACGCACGCGCAAAGGAUAGGACACAAAAACGACCACAUCCCAUCCUAAUCUGUACUGUACUGUAUCGGCGACAGCCGGCGAAACGAGGCCGCAUAGCGCGCGUAAACGGCACAAUGAUUCCUUGAACCCAAUGACCCCACGGGUCAACAGAGACUUGCCAAGUCAGCAGAAUGUCCAACAAAGAGGGUUUAAGAACUGUAUAAUCUACAUCUACAUCUCAUACGUAGUCGUUUAAUGGCAGCGCGUCAAGUCGUUUGCAAAGUCAUGAAAGUGGAUCGAUUUCGGGGCCAAUUGGUGGUCGUUUAAAAUCGCCAAGUAUCACGAUUUAUGCGGUCGGAACCCUUUCGAGCCGGGAAUCUGUAUUUCCGCUAUGGGACCCUAUAUACAGGCACGCGUAGAAUUGGGGAUGGUCAUCGUAAUCUAAGCUAAAGGUGAAAAUGAACCUAACGCGGGAAAAUUUUCGGUCGCUGAUUUAUUACGACUUUCGUUGUGGGCUUACUCUACAACAAAGCUAUGGUAGGCUUCUAUUAGCAAUGUUUAAUGAAGCCACAUCUCGUGCCACUAUUUACAAAUGGUUUAACGAGUUAAAGCGAGGAUUUAGCAAUCACAAUGAUGAUCAAAGUUAGACAAUCUAGCCUCUGAUAAAAUUGGGCAAAAUGUUAAACGUAGUUGACCCUGUUUACCCGUUAUGGUAGCAGUUGACGAGCGUUUGUAGUUUUCUAUCGAUUCAAAUUAUCGAAAUGGUCCCAUCACUGCCAAAACUGAGCGUGGAUUACGGGGUAUAGUAAUUAGUAUUUAGCUAAGAGAAAUUUGUUUACACGCUGAAUUUAUUUAUUGAAAUACUGUAAAAUCAGAAAUUUUAAAUAUUUAUUGUGAGUUUAGUCUAUAGUUAUAUACAUUAUAGUUAAGUCAAUAGACAAUUAAUGACACAAGAUUGAAAUUAUUAUUAGUGUUCCUUACGCACUUAUCAGUACCUAGUCAUACUUCUUACCAAUAUUUUUGCAUUUCUACCAAAAUGAAUAAAGGAACUCCGAAUAAGAGUAUUGUACCAAACUUGGAUGGUUUUUGCAAAAGCACGUUUACCCUUACUUUUGUAAUCGAAAUCAUUGGACUUGAAGUAUGGCACGAUUGCAAUGAAGGUUGGUUGGAUUUGGGAACGUGCUAUCAGGCUAUGAAAGUUCAGUAUCAGCUGUAUCCUGGUCAAUCCUUCGACGUUGAUGUAUUGAUGUGGCCUCACGUUGUAAAGGUUUGGUGUGGAAUGCAAUACGGAUGGGCGCGAACUUGGCAGUUUUUGGAAAGAAGAUGGUUCGCUUUUUCGAUUCGACAUGCCUUCCCAGUCAGAGUGGCGGAUUUACGGAGUCACAUAGCUACGAUCACAUCUGUUAUGGGAUUUGGUUCACUCGGUGCAAAUGCGAAAAAUGACAAGAAUUUAGAGGUAUAUUUACCACAGUUGAAAUUUGGAGAGAAAAGGUAUUUCGCCGGAGUAAUUGAAUCAGAACAAAGCGUAGUGGGUUUCUUACAAGAUCUGAUUUGGAAGAAUGUGGAAGCAUUUAUACCAUCUUCAUAUUUGGACGGCCUUUUUGAUACGCCUCGAGCUGUCUCAGAUGUAAGACACCAAGAUGCUGUAAUCGAAAAGGUGCAUGAGACAAUUUUGUGUAGAUCACUUAUUGAGGAAGAAUUCAUACAAGCUGAAGAAGUGGACCAGGCGAGGGAUAGACGUGAAUCGAAAUUUCUUCGAGAGAAGAAGAAAACUGCAGAAGUGCAGAAAUUGAAAUAUGAAAUCAAACUCUCCGGCGAUACCCUUUUGUCAGGUGUAGGAAAGGUAAUACAAUUCGAAACGGUGGGAGAUCAUCCAGUUGACCAAGGAGAGAUGAUAGUUUUGAUCAGCACCAACAAUCUGCCGGCGCAAGACGACCUGCCGAUGAUUUUCGUAAAUAUUGAGAAAAUCACUAACGUGCCUACGGUGGACUUUAUAAAAUCAAGGGUAACACAUCUAUACACACGAUGGAAUAUUGGAAAUGAUAUACAUGAAUCGGAAAAGCAACCGAUAAACAUAAAGCGGACUUUGAACUUUAGCGAUCAUCACACAGUUUUAUUGCACAACUCUACAGCUUCCCGUGUAACGGCAGAAUUUUUAGAUAAUUCGCUUAUUAUAGAGAUACGUGGAACUCGUUUACCUUCAAACCGCGACAAGUCAUUGUUUUACGAAAAGAUUAAGGAAAAUGAUAAAACUGAAAUACUUGACAUUCCCAUAGCCAUAGCAAAGUUGGACACAUCGCCGCUGUCGAAAGGCGUCAGUGCUUGUGUUCGAGAAGAAUGUUCACUUUUUCCCCCACAAGUGGGUGUUCACACUUUAGAUCGCGAAGACAUUUGCACGAACGACACCAACGGAAUCGGGAAUUGUUCAAACCCAGAAGUUAUUAUUAUUCAACCUGCAAUCAUUUUAGACGCCCAGAUGACUUUAGAAGUUUCGAUAGGGUUCGUCGGCUGUAAGCCGAGAGGCUUCGGCUUGAGUUUUUCUAGGUUAUUCUGUAUCGUCAGCGAUUCGAACGCAGUCCUCACUAUUGUGAGAAAAAUUACUGAAAUCAACGACCAAGUAUUGGCGGACUCGGCGAGGGAUAACUUAUUAACGGGCUUCGCGGUGGACGCCGGCGAUAGAGCCGUUUUGUGUGUCGAAGGCCGACGCCACGGCUCCAUACUACGAGUCUGGCACCUGGCUCAGAACUUUUAUUCCAGAAUUAAGAUGCUAUUUUCUACUUCUUCGAAUUAUGCGUCGAGACUGUAUCCCGAUCUGGUGGCAGCGCCUGUUCCGUUUAUUGUGUUAAAAAUGUAUGCGCCUUUGUCUGUAUUAUUGGCGUGUCCCCAAACGUACGUCCGCCCCACAUUACCUUUGCCUACGAGAUCGGCGCUGCUUAAACUUGGAGGAUUUUUAGCCAACAAAUUGAGGACUGCGCCGUGUCGAAGCGAUUUGCCUACGAGCGAAGAGUUAAAGAGUUUCCGACUGGAGCUGUGUUCCCCUCCCCGGCCCGGGUCAUGUUUAUUCGAUUUCAACUUAGUUCCAAAUACGUACAUCACAGAUACAACACGUCUCGCUACAAAUCAUCGAAACAAAAGCUAAGUUCUACUUGAAAACUUUGAAAUCUAUAAUAUAUUCAGUACGUGUUUUAAUUGUGAAUCUUUAUUUCUCACACCUUUAAUUGACUUCUCACCGACAAAUAAUGGCU